CCCACCAGUGUGACAGCCACGAGCCUCGUGUCCGCCGUCAAGCUAGCCGACCGCGCGGAGCUGUCUGCCGCCGCCCGCGCACUGCUCGACCAGCUCAAGAACCACGAGGAGCUGCUGCUGACACUACCAAACGGGCGUAAAUCAGCCCCGAGCGGCUCUGAAGCCACCCUCACCAUCAUCAAGAACAAGGACAACCUGAACAGCAAGCUGCUGCAGAUGUGCACUCCUGAGUGGAAGAAGAUGCAGGACAGAGGCGGCGAUGUCGUCGAAACCCAACCCCUAAUGUACCAAGACAUGCAGCACACAAGUCUUCCUGAAUCCGGAUGUACCGUCCAAGUGCUGGACAUCAGCAUGCUGACCGGCGGCGUCGUGUCCGGACACGCGCUGGACGACCCCCAUGCCGACGAUGUCUUCAACCGACUUACGCAAAAGAUGGCGGAAUACUGCAACAGCCCGCUAGGCAAAGAGCCUUAUCUACCCAAACCGGAAGAGGUCUGCAUCGCACAGAUGCCUCCUUAUGACCAAUGGUUCCGCGCCGUCUUCCUAGACCUGGAAGGAGGUCCUGGCAGUAAGAUGGCCAGCCUAUGCUACUUGGAUUACGGCAAUUUAGCAUCUGUGCCCGUCUCACUGGUGCGGAAGAUGCUACCCGAGUUUAUUACUGGUUACCCCGUUAUGGGACUCAAUAUGGAGAUUAGAAAUUUCCCCAAAGACCCGUCAGCCGACAUGAUCUCCCGAGCCAUCGCUCACAUGAACAUUGACGAUGAAGGGAAAGGUACGCUUAAACUUAUCAACUGCGAGAAAACACCAGAUGGUAUGUACUUAGUCGACGCUCCGGAACUGCUUAAAGCCAUGAAAGGAUAGA